GCAGUAGAUGCAAAGCCACUACGGGGAUGUCCGCGACGACGUCACACAGAUCCUCAAUGGCCUCCUCGCCGCCUUCUCCAAACAGUGUCCGUUGAGAGAGGUGGUGAUGGAUGUGAAGUCGGAGGUGGAGGAAGGGGAAUUGCUGAAGGAUUGCCUUGAGGUGGGAGUGAAGGACUUGCAAGGUUUGCUUGUCAUAGCCAAAGAUCACUUCUCUGGCGCCUCAAAGGUUUCUUCACGGCACAGCGAACUCUGAGGUUUAGUGAAUUAAGUUUUUUCUCUGAUCUUUUUGCGAAC